AAAACCUCAACUCUUUCAGGGUGAUAUUGCUAUAGAUCCAUUUACAUAUAUUUCGUUUCGUUUGGGUGUCAAUCCAAUGAAACAUCCAAACCGUCUCUGGCCGAACGCUACGAUACCUUACGAGAUUAGUUAUCUUUAUACGGAUUACGAAAGGAAAACUAUAUUAAAAGCAUUGAAUACAUUUAAUUCACUUACAUGUGUUAAGUUUGUACCAUACGACGGUGAAGUUGAUGAUUAUUUACUUAUUACACCGCCCGAGGACGGACCAAAGGGCUGUUGGUCGUAUGUAGGGAAAAAGGGUGGCGAACAAAUUGUCUCUUUACAAACGGCGGAUGAGAAAAGUGCUCAUUGCUUUAGCAGUGAAGGUCGAAUUAUGCAUGAGCUUAUGCAUGCAAUCGGUAUCUAUCAUGAGCAGUCACGUGCCGAUCGUGAUAAUUAUGUUAAAGUUCAUUGGGAAAAUAUUGUUCCGAAAUUUCGUAAAAAUUUUAAACUCAUUUCACGCAAACGUGGUAAAUAUGCGUUCGAUUAUGAUUACAAUUCCGUAAUGCAUUAUGGCGAGUAUUAUUUUAGUAAGAAGAAGGGGAAAAAACCGACCUUGACACCUUUACAGCCCGGCGUAAGAAUUGGUCAACGCAAAACAUUAAGUAAAACUGAUUGCUUAAAAAUUAAUGAUUUAUACGGUUGUCUUCGGGGCCGUCAUGCAAAAAUGUUUAAAAAAAUCCAACAAAUUUACAAUAUUUGUCCAUGCGUCAUUCUGCUUUUGAACGAGGUUAGAAAACCUAUCGAGGAUUUCCAACAUAUCAAAAUCAAUAAUAACCGCUUAGGUCAGUUAGAGCUUAUAAGCCCAUUAUUAGGAGAGAAUCGCAGAUUAGCUAUACCAAGCUCUAAGACCUGUUUGCGUUAUACAAGUUUUAAUAAUCAAUUUCAUCGGCAAUUUCAUAGUUCAAGUGUGAUAUUUUUCCAAAUCUCCGAAGCGGAACCAUCACUUGGACAAAGUAACUUGGACGAUAAAGCUGAAAGGAUUUCUUCAAUUAAUCAAAAGCAGUCAACUUUAUUGAAAGAUUUACGUAUCGAAGACAAUUUUAAUAACAUGGCUCCUCAUGACAAAACUUAUGGUGGUGGUAGCCGUGGUGGGCGCGAUGACCGUCGUGGUGGUGGUGGCGGCGGCGGCGGAAGCCGAUAUGGUGGCACCGGUAGCAAUAAAACCGGAGGCGGUGGUGAUUACCAUGGCGUAAGAAAGGGCCGUGUUGAAAAGAAUCGUGUUGAACGUGUAGGUCGUAGUUAUGGCGGCGGAGAUCGACGUGGCAGCGGUAGCAAUACCCAAGAUCUAACAGUUCGCAACAUGGACUUCUCCAAUCUACCACCUUUUAAGAAAAAUUUCUAUCAAGAACAUCCCAUCGUAGCCAAUCGUCCCAUUUAUGACGUGCAGCGCUAUCGUGACGAACAUGAGAUCACGCUACGUGGCAAAGCUCCGAAUCCAAUUGAAGAUUUCAGUGAAGCUUAUUUUCCCGAUUAUGUUAUGAAGGAGAUUAAGCGACAAGGCUAUAAGGUGCCGACACCCAUUCAAGCUCAGGGUUGGCCAAUAGCUAUGAGCGGUCAUAACUUUGUGGGUAUUGCCAAAACCGGUUCGGGCAAAACUUUGGGUUAUAUAUUGCCAGCCAUUGUUCACAUUAACAAUCAGCAGCCAUUGAAUCGUGGCGAAGGACCAAUUGCUUUGGUUCUGGCACCAACCCGUGAAUUGGCCCAGCAAAUACAACAAGUAGCCACCGAAUUUGGCUCGUCUUCGUAUGUACGCAACACUUGCGUAUUUGGCGGCGCUCCUAAAGGUGGUCAAAUGCGUGACUUGCAACGUGGUUGUGAGAUUGUCAUUGCGACGCCGGGACGUUUGAUUGAUUUCCUAGCUGCUGGAGCCACAAAUCUAAAACGUUGCACCUAUUUGGUAUUGGACGCUGAUCGUAUGUUAGAUAUGGGUUUUGAACCACAGAUUCGAAAGAUUCUCUCGCAAAUUCGGCCCGAUCGUCAAACUCUUAUGUGGUCUGCCACCUGGCCAAAGGAGGUAAAACAAUUGGCUGAAGAUUUUCUCGGCAACUACAUUCAAAUUAACAUUGGCUCGUUAGAGUUAUCGGCAAAUCAUAACAUACGUCAAGUGAUUGAAAUUUGCGACGAAAAUGACAAAGAGACGAAGUUAAAGUCACUUCUCUCACAGAUUUAUGAUACUGGUGAAAAUCCUGGUAAAAUCAUUAUAUUCGUGGAAACCAAGCGUCGCGUCGAUCAUUUGGUACGUUAUAUACGCAGUUUUGGUGUACGCUGUGGUGCCAUCCAUGGCGAUAAAUCGCAAUCUGAACGUGAUUUUGUUUUGCGUGAAUUCCGUUCGGGCAAAUCUAAUAUACUGGUGGCCACCGAUGUGGCGGCUCGUGGCUUAGAUGUUGAUGGCAUUAAGUAUGUGAUUAAUUUUGAUUAUCCGCAAUCAUCGGAAGACUAUAUACAUCGUAUAGGACGCACCGGCCGAUCAAAUACUAAGGGAACUUCGUAUGCAUUCUUCACCCGCAAUAAUGCCAAACAAUCGAAAGCUUUGCUUGAAGUGCUCAAAGAGGCUAAUCAAGAAAUCUGUCCUGGCUUAGAGAGUAUGGCCCGUAAUAGUCGUUUUGAUGGUGGCCGCUCUCGUUACGGCACGAUUACUGGUGGUUCACGUGGGAGUGGCACUUUUAAAAAGGGUUUCAUGAACAAUGGUAGCGGUGGUGGCAGCGGCGGUCGCGGUUACGGCUCCAACAAUGGCUACGGCAAUAACAACAAUAACAAUAACAAUUACGGCAAUGGAGGUGGACGCAGCAAUGGUUAUAAUAAUGAGAAUAAUUAUGGCCGUGGUAACGGCAAUCAGAGCAGUAGUAGCGGUUCCAGCAGGCAUACUCGUUUUGAUUAAACAUACCCUUUUUUUUUUUACCAGCAAUUAGUUUGUAAGGCUUUAUUUUAAAAUUAAUUUUUUACCUACUUAUACCUACAUAUAAUAAUGACCGAAUACUUGUAUGUUAAACAUCAUCAUUGAUUCAUCAUAACACUACCGACUAGACUUAUAGAUGAGGAAGCAUAUAUAUAUAUAUACGUAUAUAGUUUUUUUUUUAUUUUAAACACAACACAACUUAAAUGGUUUCAGAUGAAACUCAAAUGCCCACCGCUCUCUCUCGUGGGCUGAAUUAGGGUUACAUUUGAAAUUCUUUUCAAUCAGCAAAAAGCGAAGCACAAACAGCUUAAUUUUUAUUAAGUUAGUUUUUAAGUUAUUACAACAAAACUGAAUUUAUUGGAUAAGAACAAAAAAUAGAAAAACUAACUCUAUAUAGAUUUAUAGGAUUUUGCUUAGGUUUGUGGUAUUCUGCCAGCAAAAAAAAAAAAAAAUAAAAAUAAAAUAAAUAAAAAACUUGUAAAA